AUGCACAGACCAGGGAAAGUAAAUUUAGCUGCAGAUGCUUUGUCCAGGACUGAGAUGCCUCAAGAUGAACAGGAUAAGGAAGACCCAGAUAAAUAUUUAGUUUACUCAGAAAUUGAUGACAGACCCGUAAAGGACGGUAAAACAAGUCCUCCCAGGAUUUGUGUACCUCGUUCUAUGCAGAGGGAAUCGGUAGAACUGGCUCACGCCGGUCACCACGGGAUGACCAAAACUCUUGAUAAACUAAGAGCUAGGGCAUUUUUCCCAGGAAUGAAUAAUUUAGUAACUUUAAUUGUUACUAACUGUGUGCCAUGCAUCCAGAAAAAUAAUUCAAUUCCCUCUGCUAAGAAUAAAGUACAGCAUCAUGAGAUGUUAGGAUACCCAUUUCAAAGAGUUUACCUGGAUACAGUAGGUCCGUUGACCCCUUGCAGGUACAAAGGGAUUAUCUGCAGGCACAUUCUCACUGUACAGGAUGGUUUUACUAGAUAUCUUGUAGCUGUACCAAUUCCAGACCUAGAAACAAAAACCAUAUUAAAUGCAUUGAUUGAUAGGUUUUUUCUGGUUCAUGGUAUGCCAGAGACGAUUCACACUGACAAUGGAUCCUCUCUGAUGAGUCAUUUAUUCCAGGACACUUGUAAGCAAAUGGGUGUUAAAAUGACGCAAACCCCCACCUAUAGCCCCCAGGGAAAUAGAGUUGAGAGGGCCCAUAGAACACUUGGACAAUUACUCAGGUCUGAUGAUAGUUCUAGCCCCAGCUCCUGGGCUCAAAAGGUGGACGCGGCUAUAUUUGAAAUUAAUAUAUCUAGAAACAGGGUCACAGGGGUUACCCCUUACUAUGCAAUGUAUGGACAAAACCCCCGGGUCUCUCUAGAUGUAUUUUUCCCUGAUACUCACAUGCAGGGUGUCUUAAAAUGGACUAACUUUGUGUUAAAUCUAUCAAAACAUUUCGAAGAUAUUCACGAAGAAAUGGCAAGACAUGAGCAAUUAUGA